CAGCAAUACUCAAUCCUCUUUGUUCUUCUAUCAAAAUAAUCAAGCACAACAAAAAUAUUAAAUUUAACUAAGAUGUACAGAUCAGCUAGCACUAAUCGGGUCACUGAGACUUCGAAAGUUUCCACCACUCUCAGGGCACUGUCGUUGGAAUCAAGCGAAUUACCGACUCAUUAUGAACCUCUGUCGGAAACCAUCAAGAAAGAGAGAUUUCGUGCAAGAUUUGCAGAGAACUCUGUUCAUCUUAUUCCUUUGGUGCUACUUCUUUGUGCUCUCAUUCUAUGGUUCUUCUCUAAUCUAGAGAUGGACAUUCAAGGUAGCAGUAGCUCAGCAACAGCAAAACUUGAAGGGUUGACUAUCGACGGGGACAUAGAGAACGACGUUACUCAAACGUCGAACCUAACCCUGGAGUUGGGGGAGAUUGAAUCUGUGACACAAGAUGGCCGCAACCAAAUCUCAGCUCUAAAAAUCACAUAGCCCUUAAAUCCGGAUGGCGCUUAUUGAUCGUUUUAGUACCACUACAACAUUUCUCACCAAUCCAAGUGUCUAUCAGAAAGUGCAGCAUUUGUCUCUAUGGAGCACCGGACAAGCAUAUAACAUAUCAUUUUUUCCUACUUUAAUUUUGUUUUCCGUAAUUUAUUUAUUUAUUUUGAUAUUCAACUAUCCGGUGC